AUUACAUUUGCUGUCACACGCACAGUCCGACUGUGCAUUCCAACCUAGUGCGCAUGCGCACGAGCUCGACCGUCGGCAGUGGGUCACUGGUUCCAUCCAUUCAUCCCGCGACAGACAAACUAUGCGUAUAACAACAGAUUUACUACUGAUCACCAACGUGCGCCUACGCGAGAAGGAAACCGACAAUUUAGUCUCACGCACACGGCAAAGCGCUGAGGUGGACAGCAACAGCAGCUUGAAACAAUCGUCCGUUGGCGGUUUGUUUUAAAAAAAAAGUUUUUCUUUUUUCGUGUUUCAGCUUUUUAGCUUGUUUCACGUUUUAAUUUUUGCAUUUUUGAGAAUUUUACUUUUACAAUUUUUAUUUCCCAUUUUUACGAUUUUAUCACACUUUGCUUAAUAUUCUUAAAAACAAUUUGACAUCAUCGUAUGGUGCGUUUGUGUGAGGUACUACGACUAUAUAAUCACCCAUCGGCAGAGUGAAAGACGUUACUAAAUCUCGUGCUAUUGUUGUGGUUGAUUCGUCAUAUUUUGAUCGAAACUUUUGUCGUGGGUCAAUAUUAACUUUCGAGAUGCUGGAAGGGAACUUGUACUUGGACUUCAACCAAUCGAACCCCAAUAAUUUCAAAGACAGCGAGGAUCUAUUAGCCGACCACAAGUCGUUAUUUCGAUGGUUCUCGGAGGAGGUGGUGCUCGACGUGGGAUGUGGACCGGGUGACGUCACUCGUCACGUUCUCUAUCCGUGGCUCCCGGAAAACGCAAACAAGACCGUGCUCGGAGUAGACGUUUCUCCCGUCAUGAAGGACUUGGGCAAUAAAAAGUUCGGUCAUCCCGACGUUUUCUUCGAGACCUUCGACAUCUCUAGCAAAAACUUGGCUGUCAUUACAGAGGACGAGAAGUUUAGAGACGGCUUCACGAAAAUAUUCUCAUUUCACGUCUUCCACUGGAUUGAUGACCUUGAACUAGCUUUUGAAAACGUGUACAAGCUGCUGAGACCCGGCGGUCAAGUUCUUCUCACUUUCCCAGUUAGUAGACAGUAUCAAAGGUUGUACAAACAAAUGCAGGAAAGAGAACCAUGGUCCAAAAUGUUAAAGGGUGCCCAUCGAGAAAUCCCAAAUUACUUCUUGAACGGUGACCCCAUUACGGAGUUCUUGUCAAUUGUGACCAAGGUGGGAUUCAAAGUUGUCUCCUGCAAGCUUAUCACGACACACGAUGAGUUCCCCAGCAUUGAAGCCCUAAAAAAGCUUGUGGGCUCUUUGGACAUCCAUUUCAAUAAAAUACCCACCAACUUGCGAGGGCAGUACUUGGAGGAGUGCAUCGAAAUCAUGAGACAAAAAAAUCUAAAAGAGUUGGAUAACGGCACCGCAGUGGUCACAGAGAAACGAAUCACCGCUUUCUUGGAGAAAUAAUACCAUUCCGGACGGUAAAGAAUACCAGUGAACGUGUUCACAAAGUGCCAUAAAACAACUUUGCGUUACUCUCUCAAGACUUUGACAUUUUGAACAUAUUGCCGUUUCAAUACCGAAGUACGAAAGAUACUCACACCCAAAGCCUGUGUGCAACUAUUCGUGCCUAAGGUAUGUGUUUAGCAUAAACUAAGAAUUGAAGGCGUUUUGUCAUUUCGGAUCAUCUCAGUGCAGUCAGCCGUCGCGUUGCGUCGCGUCACAUCAAUCGCGGAUGAAGCGGUAAGUGCUUGAAGAAUCAAAACGCCUUCAGUUUCGUGCGUAUGCAGCACGGACAUCCGUAGAGCCCGAAUAGUUGCAUCUAGGAGCUGAAAUGAGAUAAGUUCCGGAUUCUUCGUAUGCGACAAUAACUGAAGGCGUUUUAAUUGUACUUCUCGCAUCCUAACUUGAUUCCGGCGUUGCUAAUUGUGGCGACGAAGGACACUAAUAUUGAUAUUUAUUGCGCCAUUGUCAAUUUACCAAAACAUACGUUGAUUGUUUAAAUUCUUUGCAACGCAGCCCUCCUGAAAUGUGAAGCACAGAGGUCGAAUUUUGUCGGCGCUUUCACACGGCGUGCAACAUCCAUCGAUGAGAUCAAACCGCACCACCGGCCAAUCAGAAGCGCUGAGCCGGACUUAAGUGCAGUCGAGACCCGUCCUAAGUACGGUGGAAGGACCGACAAAAUUCGGCCCCUGCCUCUACCCUUACUAGCCUGAGAACGAUGAAGCGGUAUUGUGAGUGUGUAGUAGCUGAUUGUGAGUUUCCAAUUGAGGCACUCAAUACUUCUGAGUUUUUUUCAUUCAAAUACGUCAAGCACAAUUGAAUUUGAAGACUGCAGCAAAAGAUUAGAGGAUGAAUUUCGAAAAAAAAAUAAGAACGAAAGAGGCGUCAUCAGUUUCAUGUUACACUAGCCCUUACUCACACAUCAAUACCUCAUCCAGAAGUUAAUUUCGAAUUUUCUUGGUCAGCAUUUUUCUCGGCGUAAAAUUUUGUCAACAAGAUCCAUGCACCAUGUUCACCGUUUAUGUUGGCCGCUUGGAUCAAAAUUUUCAAUUUUUUUGCUCUCUAGUUCAGUAUUCUCUCCUUUCGUUAUGUCUCUUUACAUAGUCCUCCAAUUGUAUAUAACAUUGCAUUGUAAUUCAUACCGUUGUGACAGCUUAAAGUGAUUAAGGACUGGAAGAAACAUCCGAUGGAAUUCUGUAUAACUUCUGAUGUUAACGGUCACCGUCAGCAUGUUUUUCAUUGAUUCCAUUCCAGUAAUAACAUAGCCAUGUAUAAAGAAGAAAGACCGUAUGAAAUGUUUUA